UUCAUAUCUAAAUGCCUCCCUCGUCACAUCUAAAUGCCCUAUUACUAUAUAUUGAGAUUGAGUUGAACUCCCAAAGCAUCAUUUUCCUUCGUUUGGCAAGAUCAAGCUCUUGCUACAGCCAUGGGGUCUGCAAAAAUGAUGCUUAACAUUUCACCAUAGCAAAAACAAUAGUUCAAGUGAUUUUUAACGACAGAUCAUAUGCUUUUUCCAUCAGCCGCAUGUAUGCCGAAUGAUGAUGCGGGUUCUCAAUAUUCCACAUGGCAUUGAAAAGUCUCAAUGGACCAGAUGGCUCCGACAUGGGGUUAACUCACAAUUUCAUCAAAACCAUGUACUUAAAACAUGACCAUUAAUCCCAACAAAAUCACAACCUCAUGUUUACUUUCCGUAGGAAUCUCUCAAACACCUCAAAUUUGGACGUACUACAUAGUGAAUGUGAUGCAUUUGUCUGGACCGUUAUUACAUUAGAAGAAGAAGAAAAAAAGAGAUUUUGGUUUUUUAAAAGCCCAAUUUUCAAAUAAUUUUUACAAGGUGAGUAUAAAACCAUCCAUAUCAACCACGUAUGCAAUCUGCCAUAGUGUACAAAAAUAUCAUCCACAUGGCACGACGACAUUGAUCGACGCAUGACAGCCUCAAAUGUGACAUCUUAUGACAAAAGACCACAACACAACUAUAAAAUCCAGUGAGUGAGACUUGUAUGUGUGGUAAAGAAGGCACGGAGAGACGAGAUAAGAUUAUAGUGAAAAAAGAAGCCGUUAUAGCCUGCUUCAAGAGCUUCAGCUGUUAGCCCCUCUCACUCAAAGCCAAAGAAAAGAGCAAAAAAAAAAUGGCAUCAGCUUUGGCAACUCCCCUCAAGUCUUCGCCUAUCCUUGACAAGUCUGAGUGGGUCAAGGGCCAAAGCCUCCGCCAGCCUUCAGUUUCUUUUGUUAGGUGCCAUCCCACAUCCCCAUCGGCCUUCACUGUCCGUGCUAGCUCCUAUGCUGAUGAGCUUGUUAAGACCGCGAAAACCAUUGCAUCCCCAGGUCGUGGUAUUUUGGCCAUGGAUGAAUCAAAUGCUACAUGUGGGAAGCGACUUGCCUCAAUUGGUCUAGAGAACACUGAGGCCAACCGCCAAGCAUACCGUACCCUCCUCGUGUCAGCCCCUGGCCUUGGCGAGUACAUUUCUGGAGCUAUCCUUUUCGAGGAGACUCUCUACCAAUCUACCAUCGACGGAAAAAAGAUGGUUGAUGUUCUUGUUGAGCAAAAAAUUGUCCCUGGUAUCAAAGUUGACAAGGGUUUGGUGCCCCUCCCUGGUUCCAACAACGAGUCCUGGUGUCAAGGUCUUGAUGGUCUUUCCUCUCGCGCGGCUGCCUACUACCAGCAGGGUGCUCGUUUCGCCAAAUGGCGUACUGUUGUGAGCAUUCCCAAUGGUCCAUCUGCCUUGGCAGUUAAAGAAGCAGCUUGGGGUCUUGCUCGUUAUGCCGCCAUUUCUCAAGACAGUGGAUUGGUGCCAAUCGUGGAGCCAGAAAUCUUGCUUGACGGUGAGCAUGGAAUUGACAGGACUUUCGAAGUAGCCCAGAAAGUUUGGGCUGAGGUUUUCUUCUACCUUGCUGAGAACAAUGUCAUGUUUGAGGGAAUCCUCCUCAAGCCCAGCAUGGUCACUCCUGGUGCUGAAUGCAAGGAUAAGGCCACCCCUCAGCAAGUUGCUGACUACACCCUCAAGCUCCUCCACAGGAGAAUCCCCCCAGCUGUCCCUGGUGUCAUGUUCUUGUCCGGUGGGCAAUCUGAGGUUGAAGCAACCCUCAACUUGAACGCAAUGAAUCAAUCUCCAAACCCAUGGCACAUCUCAUUCUCUUAUGCCAGAGCUCUCCAGAACACUUGCUUGAAGACAUGGGGAGGCAGACCCGAGAACGUUAAGGCCGCUCAGGAUACACUUCUUGUCCGUGCCAAGGCCAACUCACUAGCUCAGCUUGGCAAAUACACUGGUGAGGGAGAAUCAGAGGAGGCCAAGAAAGGAAUGUUUGUCAAGGGCUACGUGUACUAAGCCGCUGCAAAACAAAACUCCAGAUGAGAUGAUGGAGAUAUCGGAUUUCGUUUCUCUUUCAAUGUGUUAAUCCUCUAUAGCCCUGGAGACUAUUUUUGUUCUUGAUAACAAUGCAUUUCUAGCCACUUAAACAAACUCCUUGCUGAUGAGAUUAGUUAGUUUCUUCUUGCAUGCAUUAUCACAUACUAAAAUGCUUGAAUCUGCAUUUUGUGCUCCAAAAUUUGGGUUAACUGUGAUGAAUUUCUGAAUCAUUAUUUCUCAAUCCUGAAUGAUACUGUUCAAAAACUGUUUGGUAUAGUUUUCAAUACAUGUUUGCAGGGCAGGCCCUGUCAACUAAGGCAUAAAUCAUGCCAUAGGUGAGUUGUUUGAACCGCCCACUUCUAUCGUCUUCAAAAAUUAGUACUGAGUCCAAGCUAACGAGUUGUUGUGAAGUAAGAAAUAAAGAAGGAAUUGCCCAUUCUCCAUCUCUACACGUUA